AUGGCGCCCGCACGCCAACCGCCCCAGCCCUUCUCCAAGGAUGAGAAGGUUCUCUGUUUCCAUGGUGAGAUGCUAUAUGAGGCCAAGAUUCUCGACAUCCAGCCUGCCGAGAGUGGCGAAGGCUUCCAGUAUCGCAUUCACUACAAGGGCUGGAAGAACACUUGGGACGACUGGGUUUCUAUCGAUCGCAUCCGCAAGUUCACAGAGGAGAAUAAGGAGCUUGCCAGCCAGCUGCACGCCCAGAUGAAGGACCUACGCCAGAAGAGCAGUGCCAAACCCCCCAAGAAGGGCAACCUUCGUGUCAAUGGGACCGACUCAGCUCGCGGUAGUGAGGAGCGAACUGCAGGUGUCGCUGCCACUGGCCGUGGCCCUCGCCGGGCGAGAGAUUUUGACCUCGAGCAGAUGAGCUCCCCGGCUUGGGAUAGCUUUGCUCGGGUGUACGACUGGGUUCUGUCGCAGCAGGCUGCGCAGUACUCUGGCGCUCAGCCCAACUACGCCUCUCCACCCCAACGCGGAUUCAUGUCUCGAUUAGACUACGCCCGUCAACUUGCCCAUUACCGUCACAACAACCCUGUUGGUCGGGCAGAGGAUGCCAACGAACACGAAUAUCGACAAGAUGUUGAAGCAUCUCAAGCCGAAUACAUCGAGAUCAAGACCGAUUGCGCCAGUGACUUCGACUAUGGCAAUUACGAGACACCAGCUCCAGCCUCAGACGACUAUCUGUAUGGCGACGCCGACGUGAUCAAUCGUCGCCCAAAUCAGCACUAUCAGCAACGCAAAAGACGUCAACCGGAGCCAGGCUACGAUGAGGAAGACGCGGCGUUUGAGCAGCAUCACAAAAGGCGUCGAAUGUAUUCGGACGAGGGCGAGGACGGGGAUGUUGACUCUGAUCUGCCCCGAUACUACUUCAGGGAGGAGUAUGACGAGUAUGACGAAGAGGAGGCGGGAAUGAAUCAAAACCGACUGAAAUAUGAGGAGGAAGACGACGAAGUCAAUGAAGAGGAGAUGGGCAUGAACCGAUUCGACUUUGAGGAAGAUGAAGGUUUGAGGGACUACGACGACACUCUGAGCGAGAGGCAGUAUCGGAACAACCUGUUCCGACAGCGACUCGAAUCUGGCGAAGAAGAUGACACUUUCUUACCCAACAGACGUCGGAAGUACAUGUAUAGUGAAGAUGACUUCGAUGGCUACGACGAGGCAUCUGUUCGCCCACGCAAGAAGGUUCGCUGGGCUUCACCCGUGUACGAGGAAACUGAAGACGAGUUCUACCAAGCCGACAACGAAGAUGAGGGAGACGAAGAUCAGACAGUCGGGCGAGCCUCAGAUUCCGAUGGCGAUGUGGAACCUGCCGACAUCAUCGACCUGAUCAGUAUUUCUAGCCAUGAGACCGUUGGCAGCGACGACGACGACGAUAGGACCAGCAUAACCAGCGACUCCAGUAUAGAAUUCCUUGGGGAGCGUCCCGCGAAUGCCAACAUCGCGAACCAGCAUGAUCUACGACGCUUUCAAGAUGGCGAGUCGGAAGAUGCCAAGGAUGUCGUCGAAGAGCUUUUGCAGAGGCCCUGCGGCACAAACAAGAGAAAGCGUGAGAACAGUGUGGAGGUACUCCUCGAGUUCCGCCAUAAUGUUCGACGUAGGCUGCAAACCACUGCAUUCCACUCGUCAAACGCUACACUGGCUCUUUACACACUCGUCUCGUUCAUUAUGGCUUUUGCGUCUCGCAAAUCUCGGCCAGCCGAACCAUUGCGUCGGCGACCUCAGCAUGAUCAAGUGGUGGCCUGGAAGGAACCGCGCUUGCUGAGGGCUGAUAAUCUGACCCUCUCGCCUGCUCCCCGCGCUAGACCCUAUGUCACAAAAGAUGGCAAGCCCAACUAUGACAAUCGCUACGAUACGAGCGUCACGACUCUCAAGCGAGAACAGCCUGUCCGGGCGAAGUCGUCAUCUGCUCGCUCUUCGGAAACGAGCGAGGAAGAACUUCCGACUGUGAGUUUACACAAACGCAAUGCUUGCCCCAGUGGGAAGCUUCCGCAUGAGGAUGGAUUUCAUGCACGCCCGUCCAUUAAGCUUCCCAUCCCUGAUCACAUCAAGGCGAUGCUUGUUGACGACUGGGAGAACAUCACCAAGAACAAUCAGCUGGUCCCGCUUCCUCACCCUCACCCCGUUGACGACAUUUUGAGCGACUACCUCAACUACGAGCGCCCGAACAGGGAAGAUGGAUCUGCAAACAUGGACAUUCUUGAAGAAGUCGUUGCAGGACUUCGCGAGUACUUUGAGAAGUCUUUGAGCCGUAUCUUACUGUACCGCUUUGAGCGACCCCAGUACCAUGAGAUCCGCAAGGUGUGGGAGAAGGCUGGCGAGGAAGACAAGCACAAGUCUGUCUGCGAUACGUAUGGACCUGAACACUUGUGCCGCCUGAUGGUGUCUCUUCCCGAGCUCGUCGCUCAGACAAACAUGGACCAGCAAUCUGUGGCGCGUCUGCGUGAGGAACUCUCCAAGCUCACCGUCUGGCUCGGCAAGAACGCAAAGAACUACUUUGUCAGCGAAUAUGAGACCCCUUCUCAGGAGUAUAUCGACAAGGCUCGGAGCUUCUAG